AGAAUAAGAAAAGGUUCUUUCUCGUUCCUAUGUUAAAUGGACUAUCCAACUCUUUUCUUUAGUCUGUCAUACGAAGCAGCACAAAGGAAUGGUAAGUUAGAAUUAGGACAAGUUCUUAAACCAAGAAAGAAAAAGAUUGUUACCUUAAUAAAUCUUCACACUUCCAACCCAAGAACCCAAAAGAUAACCAAACUUAAUAAAGUAAUCAUUUCCUCUCUCUUCAUGCCAUUCUCUCUUGGUACCAACUUCUCUCCAAAAACAAGCCCAAUCUCCUCAUUAUAUAUGAUUGACAAGUCUCCCUAAGUUCAUAUCAAACUCAAAUUCUAUCUUCUUGCCACAACUACUAAAAAGAUGUCAAGAACUAAUGGCAAUGGCACCCCAAACCACUAUUCUGCACAAACUAGACGUAUUCCCACACCAGGAAAGGCAACAGUCCUUGCAUUGGGCAAGGCCUUUCCUAGCCAACUCGUUCCUCAAGAUUGCUUGGUUGAGGGCUACAUUCGUGACACAAAAUGUGUAGACUCGUCCAUUAAGGAGAAAUUGGAGCGCCUGUGCAAAACUACCACUGUGAAGACAAGAUACACAGUGAUGUCGAAAGAGAUCCUAGACAAAUACCCUGAACUGGUUACUGAGGGCUCACCAACAAUCAGGCAAAGGCUUGAAAUCGCAAACCCAGCAGUGGUGGAAAUGGCCUUGGAAGCCAGCCUUGCUUGCAUCAAGGAAUGGGGAAGGCCAGCACAAGACAUCACUCACAUAGUCUAUGUUUCUUCAAGUGAAAUACGCUUACCGGGUGGUGAUCUUUACCUUGCUAGUCAGCUUGGCCUAAGGACUGAUGUUAGCCGCGUCAUGCUAUAUUUUCUAGGUUGUUAUGGUGGUGUCACUGGCCUUAGAGUUGCCAAGGACAUAGCUGAAAACAAUCCAGGAAGCAGGGUUUUAUUAACCACUUCUGAGACUACUAUCCUGGGUUUUCGCCCACCUAACAAGGACCGCCCUUAUGACCUUGUAGGGGCUGCACUUUUUGGUGAUGGAGCUGCAGCUGUGAUUAUUGGAACUGACCCUUUAACAGGUCAAGAGUCUCCUUUCAUGGAGCUAAACUAUGCUGUCCAACAAUUCUUGCCAGAUACACAUAAUGUGAUUGAUGGUAGGCUCUCUGAAGAGGGUAUAAACUUCAAGCUUGGAAGAGACCUACCCCAGAAGAUUGAGGAUAACAUUGAGAAGUUUUGCAAGAAGCUCAUGGCAAAGGGUGAUAUAAAAGAGUUCAAUGACUUGUUUUGGGCUGUUCAUCCUGGUGGACCAGCAAUUCUUAAUAGGCUUGAGAACAAACUGAAUUUAAGAAGUGAGAAGCUAGAGUGUAGUAGAAGGGCAUUAAUGGAUUACGGGAAUGUUAGUAGCAACACCAUAUUCUAUGUUAUGGAGUAUAUGAGAGAGGAGUUGAAGAUACAAGGAGAAGAAUGGGGGCUUGCCUUAGCAUUUGGACCAGGCAUUACUUUCGAAGGCAUACUCGUCCGUAGCCUGUAAUCACAUCUUGGAGACAAUUUCUUGGUUUAAUCUUUAACUACUUAUGAAUUAUCUUCUUCGGAGGAAUGUUAUGUUGCAUUUGAAAUUAGUAAUAUCUAAAGAAUUGGGAAUUAAGA